AUGGCCUAUGACCGUUAUGUGGCCAUUUGUAACCCCCUUCUCUACAUGGUGGUGGUAUUUUGGCAAAUCAGGCUCCUGCUAGUAUCUCUCAUAUACCUCUACAGUCUGACCAUAGCACUGACUGUCUCUUCCUGUGUAUUUCCUGUAUCAUAUUGCUCUUCCAAGGCGUCACUGCUGAGAAAUCGUGCAUUUCUGAAAAAUCAGUAUAAACAUGGACUUAACAUUCCUUUGAGUCACAAUAUUGUGCGUCCCUGUCUUAGAAAAACAAAUUGUGAUUUCAUGAAUAUUUUCAAGUUUAUUCCACGAAGUGUUAACGUGAAAAAUGACACAGAAGUCACCACAUUUGUAUUGAAGGGCUUCACAGACAAUCUUGAGCUGCAGGUCAUCUUCUUUUUUCUAUUUCUAGCAAUCUACCUCUUUACUGUGACAGGAAAUUUAGGACUGGUUAUAUUGGUCAUUGGGGAUUCCCGGCUCCACAACCCCAUGUACUAUUUUCUGAGUGUGCUAUCAUUCUUGGAUGCUUGCUAUUCCUCAGUGAUUACCCCAAAUAUGUUAAUAGAUUUUAUGUCAAAGAAUAAAGCCAUUUCAUUCCUUGGAUGUGCGACACAAAUGUUUCUCUCCGUUACUUUUGGGACUACAGAAUGCUUUCUCUUGGCGGCCAUGGCUUAUGACCGCUAUGUAGCAAUCUACAACCCACUUCUCUAUUCAGUUAACAUGUCACCCAGAGUCUUUGUGCCACUCAUCACUGCUUCAUAUGUUGGUGGUAUUUCACAUGCUACUUUACACACGGUAGCAACUUUUAGCCUCUCCUUCCGUGCAUCCAAUGAAAUCAGACAUGUCUUUUGUGAUAUCCCUCCACUCCUUUCUAUCUCCUGUUCUGACACUCGCUUCAACCAGCUUCUACUCAUCUACGUUGUGGGUUCUGUUGAGAUAUUCACCAUCCUGAUUGUCCUGAUCUCCUAUGGUUUCAUUUUGUUGGCCAUUCUGAGAAUGCAUUCUGCUGAAGGGAGAAGAAAAGUAUUUUCCACUUGUGGCUCUCACCUAACUGGAGUGUCAAUUUACCAUGGAACAAUCCUCUGCACGUAUGUCAGACCAAGUUUUGGCUAUGCUUUGGAUCAUAACAUGAUACCGUCUAUAUUCUACACCGUUGUGAUACCCAUGCUGAAUCCCAUUAUCUACAGUUUGAGGAACAAAGAUGUAAAAGAAGCAAUGAAAAAAGUGUUUGGGAGAAAUCAGUUUAUCAGUACAGUAUAUUUUUAUCACUAA